AUGGGAUUUGAAGCUCAGAUAGACACGUUCAAACACAAACAAAUCUGGUGUAGAUCUAUAUCGGCUUUGUCAGCUAUUUCAGAAUCUAUUAAUAUCACUAUAAAGAAGGACAGAUUGUCACUAUCAUCGGUAAAUGCAAGUCGCACAUCACACGGAGAGAUUAUAUUCAAACAAUCCUUCUUCAGUCACUAUGAAGUAGAUUUCAGAAACAUAGUACAGGGCGGGUUUGACAAGGGGGAUUCUGGCAACGAUUUGUCUCUGUCGUAUUCAUUCAUGAUUAACUCAAAACAUCUCACUGCUUUAUUUCGAAAUUUUGACUCAGGCAACAUGAAAUAUGUAAAGUUGAGGAUUGAGUGGAGUGACCCAGCUACAUCCAAUUUAAAAUACAAACUACUCAUUGAGAUACUCAACAAAAAGUUGAUUAUGAAAAAGUAUCAAGCUGGUUAUCUACCAAUCGCAAGAAAGGGUGUCCAUAUUGCAAAGGAAUACAAGGAUUCCUUUUAUGAACAAGAGAACUGUGGCAAAAAGUCUACACCAAAAACGCACCACAUUAUGAUCGAUUUAGUCAUCCCGAAAGAGUUUCUUGAAAUGGUGCCCUCGGGAGCAGAAGAUUUCAAAAUCGAUAUCAAAAAUGAAAAAGUGCUGUUUGGUGGAUACACUAAAGAGAUCAUCAAAGAUCGCGACUACAUAAAACAACCAAUGGCCGUGACAGUAACUAUAAGUCUUGAUGAGUUAGCAGACAGUAACCUUAUACAUACCGAUGAACCACCUUUGCGAAUGUUGCUAAAUUUUGGAAUGCGAGAUUUUAAAAACUUUUUAAAUCUAGCUGGAGUUUUUGCGACCUCCUCAACAUCGCAGCAAUUUGAUGAAGAGUAUGCAAAUAUUGGCAAUAACAGUGACUACUUUCAUAUUUAUUUCAGAAAUCCCGGUGACCCCAUCUUGUUUGAUUUGCAAAACAGCCAACAUGUUGACGUUCAAUUCAUACAAAUAACUGCAUGUGACAGUAGUACAAAAGUUGGGAAUGAAGUUGAAAUUGAUGCUCGAAGAUUGAAACGGAAACUAGAGUUGGAAGUGCCUGUCGUCCAUUCAGUAACCGAGAAGCAAGCGGUGGUUAAUAUAGAGGCAGAAGAAACGCAACAAAAUUCUUCGCCAGAACCAUCUAUUCGUUUCGCGUUUGGAAAACUACCUUGUAAUCGCAACGAUAAAGUAGAAAUCUCCACAUUGACGCAACAACAAACAAGAGGUCGCAUGAAUUCGGAAAUGAGUGAAGAUGUUAUCACAUACAAUCAAGGCUCCUUAGGAACAGCAAGAAACGACGAUACUGAAUAUAGCGAUUCAGAGGAGGAAACUAAUGAGCCACCAUUGAAACGGAGAUUGAUUGAGGACGAGGAGGAGCUUGGCCCAACUCAAGUAGAGAAGCCAAAAUCUAUAUUCUAG